AUGCCUCAAUCCCCUUCACCUCGUCUGCGCCAUUACAGGACGAUGACAGCAAUAUGCUUCGUUUGCAACCUGCCUAUAUUGUCUCAUCAAGUGGGCCUGAUAUGGGCUGGUGGGAACGGCUGGGACGAGUUGACGCGAUCAACGUUAGAAGAAUCCACAUUAAGACAGCGCCUUGGCAGUCGCAGGGACUCUUCUGCACAAGUCUCCUGCCUUUCUCCACCAGAACCAGAUGCCCCAGAUCAACCUCGAGGUGGACCGAGACGGCGCCGUUCUUCGUUGGCUCAACUGACCGAUAUAUUGCGUGAAUGGGGUGGUGGAGGCAGUCAGCCUCGGCGCCAAAGAGCACCGCUUUCCAGACGUGAAACUCUAGCAGACUUAGCACGCUCGCUACCAUGGGCCCGUCACGAACCGCCCCCGCGGAGAAGGAGAGAUUCUUCCGCAGAUUCAGGCAUUAAAUCAAUAACUUCCAAACGCCGCGACUCUAAAGCUGUGCCUCAAGAUUUCCGUUCAGAUUUUUCCAUUUUUGACAGAAAAGACUCGACGACUGUAAUACCUUCAAAAGAGCGUCGCAUUAAAAGACGUAGCUCUGGCGACGACAAGGAGCGCAGAGAUUCUGUAGACGGACACCGUCAUCACAGACGUGACUCUGUUGCAGUACCAGCGCCGCGCAUAAUUGCAACUCAUAAAAAAAGACGAGCCUCACCACCAAAUCCGGCACCGCCAUCGUUCGUAGAUGCAUCAUCCGACCCCGGUCCUUCUACGCAAACACCAUCAGUGACUAUAGUAACAGUACACGAACCAAGUCGUUCAGAUGGUGAGUGCCAACCGAUGACUAUGCCGACUAUUAUUACAUCUGCUGUAACACCAUCACCGACCUCGCCUACUACUCCAAGCGGAAGGAGUCGAAGAGAUUCUACCACUCAAUGUGGGCGAGCUCGUAGAGAUUCUAGGGCUGCAGCCAGUCCGGAACGAAGGCUAGGACGAUUGCAAAGACAAGCAACUGCGUUUGACGAUCCCAUUGGCCCACCAGGGACCAGGCGUCGUGACUCAGGCCCCUCUUUAGGUCCUGAUGAUGAAGGGCGUGCUAGGAGGGACUCGUUAAGUCCUGACUCCGCAGCGCGGCCAAGACGUGAACGAAAUCAAUUAAGCCCUGAUCGUGCUGGGGGAGGUGAAUUAAGUCCAUCAGCAGCGAGACGUCGAAGUAGAUUGAGAAGACAAGCGUCAUGUGCUCGCAUGGGUCGAGCUCGUAGCCCGGAAUCCAGUUCUUGUUCUAGCCGCGACCCGAGUCCGUGUGCACGUCCUCCUGAACGAACAAUGUUCCGACGACAAUCAACGACGGAGGAAAUAUUAAUAGCCCGCGGCUUUCGCCGGCAAUCGACCACUGAGGAAAUGAUUCGCUGUCGUAAUUUCAGACGACAAAGCUCUCAAAGCGACGAUGCAUGUAUGCGCGCAAGAGGUCGCCGCGAUUCUUCAACACAGAUACUUGACGGUACUAUCGGAACUAUGACUGUGGAGACUACGAGCACAUUCUUCGAUUCCAGCACACAGACUGAACCAUCUCCACUAUACGACAACAAUCAUUACCACGAGGAAUGUCUUCGUUGCAACUCCUGCGGGUUGAAUCUUACUGGACCCAAUCAGAAACGAGCUCGCCGGUUCAAGAACCAAAUUUUAUGCGACUUGCACUUUGCGGACGUGGCGCUCAUGGAGUGCAGUGACUUCAUGCAACAACUGCGCAGCUUCAAACCGCAGUCGCUGGGUUGCGCUGUCGCGAGGCGCAAAUCCUCAACCACGCUAAUAUUUCCACUUCCACCACAAGCUUGUUCAGAUGAAUUCUGCGAGGACUACCCCCAUAGCCUGAUUCCAACGCCUGGAUACUGGAUCGAGUGUUCACGCCAGAAGAUUGCCACUGACACCAUAUGGGAUGAAUCCGAAUCGGAACAUGACAGUGGUCCCGAUCAAAACAAUGAAUCAGAUCGGCGAAGAAGAUCUGGAUCAUUUGACGAAGCGGCCGAGGACAGCAGCGAUAACGGAGGGAGCACGCCAAAGAAAAAGACUGUUAUUGAAGAACAGUGGGAGAGGUCCGGCGGAUUCGAACUCACCUCCGUAGAACAGGAAACCUACGAAAAAUACUUCUAUGGCACAGAACAUUGGAACUAUUUUACCAACGAUGAAGAUCUUGGCCCUGUCAUAUUGUCUAUAAAACAAGAAACUUUGAACUCUCGCGAUCAGUUCAGAAUCCUUGUUCGAGCCAUUAGCUACACCGUUCAUGGCUUGAUCCCUGCAUCGUGUGUGUUUGCUGAUCGUUACAACCGUGAGGAAGUUGUCCGUUCACUGGGGAAAGAAGUCAAUAUCAACCCGCCACUUAUGCUGGGGCAACUGCCAGAUACACCUGAGGAAUUACUUAAACUUGAUCAGGUGUUCAUCAAGUCGGAGCUCAAAGUAGGAGUUAUUUAUGUCAAAGAGAACCAAUACACAGAGGAAGAGAUUCUCGACAACAACGAAAACUCCCCAAUGUUUGACGAAUUCUUGCAGGUUAUGGGAGAAAAAGUUCGGUUAAAAGGUUUCGACAAAUACAAGGGCGGUCUAGACACAGUACACGAUCUCACAGGCUUAUACUCAGUGUACACCAACUGGAGGGGCAUCGAAAUUAUGUUUCACGUUUCUACACUAUUACCUUACGAGCGUCAUGACCCCCAGAAGUUGCAGAGAAAACGACACAUUGGAAAUGAUAUUGUUUGUGUCGUGUUCCUUGAAGCUGACAACACUGCAUUCUCGCCAGCUUGUAUCAAAAGCCAUUUCUUACAUACCUUUAUUUUAGUUAGAGUAUCUGCUAAAAUCAAGAGGCGCCCUACGAGAUAUGAAGUGUCUGUUGUAACUCGAGAUGAGGUCGGCGCCUAUAAGCCCUAUUUGUGGGAGCAGAGUGUGUUUGACAAGGGCCCUAUGUUCAGGGAAUGGUUGCUAACGAAAAUUGUGAAUGGCGAGCGGGCAUCCUACUCCGCACCUAAAUUUGCGAGAAUGCAAGAAAGGACCCGCAGUCAGAUGCUAGAAGAUAUCGUUGCUAAUUUGCAAAAUCAUGCAGAAACCGGACAAAUACCCAAACCAUACAGAAGAGGAUCUUGGCGUCCAAUAGGCCACAUGCGGCCGUCGUCUCCUCUCCUCGACUCUGUACGAGACCAGUUUGAAGACUACGACCAACUGGCAAAAGAUUUUACCCGCGUGUUCUUGAAUAACGAAUUAAACAUAGCGCAGAAUGCUCAGCUUUUCGACGUCGUUUUCCUUGUCGGACAAUCAAAACAAAAGACUAAGUUCAUUGGAGUCCGUGCUAUACUAGGAGUUAGAAGCCGCGUGUUCCAGGAAAUGCUGUACGGUAUCCAAACAGGCUUCGGUUCUCCCCAAGUGCCGGUGGCCGAGCUACUGGCGCGGCCAGCUCCCACCCUUCUGUCGCCGACGCCUUCGCGGCAGAAGAGCAGCAAUUUCUUACAAGUCCCGGACAUUGAAUCACCCAGACCCAAAAGCGUGCCAAGUUCACCGAUGGUGAAACGAGCAUUCUCCCGCCUUGGAACGAUCACCGCCGGAUGGGGACGAUCCAUUCGCAAACAACAUUCUCAGCUUAACGCCGAUGAUAAAAAGAAGUGGUCCAGCUCUCAAGAUUGCUCUAAUAAAGAUAGUAAAGACAAAGAAAAAGAAAAGAACGCCGCGUUAGCUGUACCAAGACUAUCAGUAUGCGCUGACGCACAAAAAGUCGAUCGUGCCAAACUUGCACAAACUGAGUUCUCAAUAAUAGAAUUCGACCCGGAUACUUUCCGCAUAUUGUUGGACUACUUGCAUACCGGGAGUUGCCCUCUCACUUGCGCGUCCAUACCAGGGCUCAUCUGUGCGGCUGAACAUUACGACUUGCCGGAACUUUUGCAAGCCUGUUUCCAUCAUGCCAAACAAUUCCUUAGAAUAGAAGUGGCAUGUACGAUGUUAAUAUCCCUGGAAAAUUAUUAUUGGAGAUAUACGUCAGCGUCGGAAUUGGUCAAUAUGAUUCUAGCUUUUAUUGAACAGAAAGCGUACGCUCUGUUCCAAACGUCUGAAUUUCUUAAUCUUUCCGAAUCCAUGGUACAAAUGAUCAUGUGCAGAAACCUUGAAGUGCCAGAGGUGAGAAAGUUUGAAGCUAUGCUCAGUUGGGCCCGGAACAAAAUUAAAUCUAAAUCUACCAAUAAGACUGACGCCAAAAAUGAAUUUAAAACUAUUAUGGAGAGGUUAGCCAGAGACCUUAAACUUUAUAGGAUUUCACCGCAGGAAUUAAUCAAAGUAGUGCUCCCCUCCAAGGCCAUAAAGAACGAGCGUAUUCUGGAAACAUUAAUGUAUCAAGCUAAUUCAGGAAUGUACAGAAUUCAAGACAGCUAUAUUGAGGCAUGUCAGCAGCGAUUACAGAAACAAGACUCAAGAUUCUCCGAAUUCGAAAGUUUCGACUACGGUAUGUAA